AUUUGCAUAAAUAGCAAGGCCUCUUGUUUUCUUGAGAAGCAUUAUAUUUUUUUAAACAUGUCCCAAAUUAAAGUAGAUGUUCUUGUAAGCGGUGCAGGACCAGUAGGUCUAUUCUUCGCUUACCAAAUGGCUAAGCGCGGUCAUUCCGUAUUCUGUGUCGAUCCCAAACUAGGCCCGACUGAUCAAAGCAGAGCUUUACUCAUUUCUGCUCGUACACUAGAAAUCUUGGAAGCCAGAGGUCUCGUUGCCGAGAUCCUAUCGAAAGCUUAUGUUACUAGUGGCAUGAGAAUGCAUAGAAACGGUGUUUAUAAAGCGCAAAUUGAAGCUGACGCCGAUACACCCUUUUCGCACAUAACUGUUCUAAUGCAAGGUAUUACCGAACGGAUACUUGUCGACAGACUGAAUGAAGAUACGGGUUGUAGAGUAAAUUGGAAUACCGAACUUGUGUCUUAUACCCAAAACAAAGACUCGGUUACCUCAAUCGUUCGUAAUGUUCAGACCAAAGAAGAACAACAAAUCGAAUCAACUUAUAUUAUUGGAGCUGAUGGUAGUCAUUCUAGAGUUAGAAAAAGUAACCCAGAUUGGACGUAUGAGGGUGUGUCAGUCCAAACCAAAUGCUUUGUGGCAGAUUUAACCUUGAAGGGUGAUAAUAUUGAGAAAAUGACGGAUAAAUCAAACGUAUUCAUGAAAGGAUCACAUGCCUUGGGUGUCAUACGUCUUCUGCCGCUCAAAGAGACUGACGAUGACAGUCAUCACUUUCGAAUCUUUGGCAAUUUAGAAGCUUAUCAAUGUAGUGAGCAAAAUCAGAACGAUCCUACACAUGGAUUAAUUGAUAAGAAUCAAGAAGAGCCACCUACACUUGAAUUUCUUCAGUCCUGGGUUGAUGAAAUUACCUGCCCACUCAAACUUGAAGCCAGUGAUAUUGUAUGGUCAUCCUAUUUCAAGAUCAAUGAGAGAAUAGCCAACGGAUUUAGAAAAAAUAGGGCGUUUCUUAUAGGAGGUUUGUCAUGUUCAUUAUAGCUAUAACAUGUGUCUAAUGGAGUCUAUAGAUGCUGCUCAUUGCCAUUCGCCUGUAGGGGGUCAAGGAAUGAAUUUGGGUCUUCAAGAUGGUAAAUAUAAACAUGAUUUAACGUCCUCAUUUAAUUGAUGUUUUUUUAGCUGAUAACCUUGCAUGGAAGAUGUCAGAUGUAUUGAGAAAUUAUGCAUCUGAUCCCGAAAAAUUGCUUGAUUCAUACAGUAACGAG